AUGACUUCCCGACUUGACCGCCUGGUCACCUUACUCGAGACCGGAAGCACUCAGUUAAUUCGCAACACAGCAGCUCAGCAGUUGGGUGAUGUUCAAAAACAACACCCAGAUGAGCUCUUCAAUCUCCUCGGCAGAAUUCUGCCAUAUCUGCGAUCUAAAUCCUGGGACACAAGGACUGCUGCUGCCAAAGCCAUUGGUCUGAUCGUCGGGAAUGCGGAGAUUUAUGAUCCGAAUGAAGAUGAUGGCUCACAGAUCAAGUCCGCAGCUGACGACGAUGACGUGGAGAUCAAAUCCGAGGUCAAAUCGGAGGAUAUUCCAUCUGCCUUUCUCCAGCUCGAUACCAUGGAUAUUGCAUCCAUUCUCAAGUACGGCAAGCGACUACUCGGUAGUGCUGGAAAGGAAUAUGAGUAUGCUUUGGCAGCAAUGGAUCCCGCGACACGCCUCCAGCAUCAGAAAAAGACACUGACCGGCCGCCUCGGUCUUGCUGGGGAGUACACAGAGGAUGAUCUAAUUGAUGCAGCCGAAAUGAUUCCGAAGAUUGCGACCCCUGCUCCUAAGCGAGAGUCGACAACAAUUGUUCCAUCCCGAGACAACACCCUGCUGGAUUUCUCAUCGCAGCGGUCGUCGCCAGACACCAAACAGGAAGAGGGAGGUCUCAGCAAACGUCAAUUGAAUCAACUUAAGCGGAAGAAUAAACAAAAUGCCAAGAUGGGCGCAAAUAAAGUGCGUGUAGUCGAUCUCUCUUCCCGUCGACCAUCGGAGAACAUUGCGACGCCAACCACCCCUCACCCCGUCAAGGCUGAGAAUGGCGAUGACCAAAAUGGAGAAAGCAAACCCGACUACUUUUCAUUCGAACGAUCCGCCGAUGAUGAUGACUCCAAGAUUGUCGCGGAAUUCAAAGGAGCCAUCGUGCCUGAGCGAUCAGUUCUUCAACCUGAAUUCGUGGACCAAGGUUCAGGUUGGCCCUUAGAAUGCAUGUGCGAAUUCUUGACUAUGGAUAUCUUUGAUCAGAACUGGGAAGUUCGACAUGGUGCAGCAAUGGCUCUACGUGAGGUAAUCAGAGUCCAAGGCGCAGCAGCCGGUCGGAAAGAAGGCAAGACUCGCGCAGAGAAUGAUUCGUUGAACCGCACAUGGCUCGAUGACUUGGCCUGCCGUUUGCUCUGUGUUCUUAUGCUUGAUCGGUUUGGCGAUUACAUAUCCGAUAACGUGGUCGCUCCCAUUCGAGAAACUGUUGGACAAACCCUGGGUGCCCUUUUGUCCCACCUAUCGCCUAAGAGUGUUCGCCAUGUUUACCGGGUUCUUUACCGAAUCAUCAUGCAGAGUGACCUCGAUUUGGAUCGCCCAGUAUGGGAGGUUUGCCAUGGUGGCAUGAUCGGUUUGCGUUAUUUGGUUGCAAUCCGUAAGGAUCUGCUUGUCAAAGACUCUGCCAUGAUGGAUGGUGUCCUCGAAGCUGUCAUGAAAGGUCUUGCUGAUUUCGACGAUGACGUGCGCGCCGUUAGCGCUGCAACACUUGUGCCAAUCGCAGAAGAGUUCGUAACAUCACGAGGUGGCACUCUGGGACCUCUAAUGAACAUUGUUUGGGAUUGUCUUUCCAACCUGCAAGACGAUCUCAGUGCAAGCACAGGGUCCGUGAUGGAUCUCCUCGCAAAGUUGUGCACGUUCACUCAAGUCCUGGACGCGAUGAAAGCCAAUGCAGCAGACGACCCAGAGGCUUCCUUCGGAAAGUUGGUCCCUCGUCUCUAUCCAUUCUUGCGUCAUACAAUCACCAGUGUUCGCUCAGCGGUUUUACGGGCCUUGAUGACCUUUUUGAAACUCGAGGGAGAAGGCAGCACAGAUUGGGUUGACGGCAAGGCACUGCGUUUAAUCUUCCAGAACUUGCUUGUAGAGCGCAACGAAGAGGUUCUCAAACUAUCGCUCCAGGUUUGGUCAGAGUUGCUUAAAGCUGUUGAGACCCAUGGAUACUUCAAAUCCGACACUGAGCUUUCAACUUCAAUCGAACCCCUCAUCUCUCUUACCCUUGGCCCAUUCGGUGUUCCCCGUUACCCCAUCCCGUUGAACGCCUGUCUCUUUAUCAAACCAUCUGGCCUGCCAUUCUCCUUCGCUGUUCCACCUCCCGCCAAAAUGUCACCCCCUGCUACUUCUGGUGGCGCAGAGCCUUCAAAACCUGGCCGCAGACGCAAAUCGGAGAAAAAAGAGCUUCCAGCCCCAUCGACUCAUAACGUGGAUGGGCACAUGUUGUCUGGCGACAUAGAUCUCGUCGGUGCAGACACUAUGCUGCGAUCCAAGAUCUAUGCUUCAAGGGCGCUCGGUGAAUUGCUUUCGGCCUGGGACAAGCACGAUCUCCCAAGUUUCUGGUCGCCAAUUUUGGAUGGCUUAGAUGCCUCGGCCUCUACCUCUCAACUCUCCUCUGCCAUGAUUAUGGAGGAGUAUGCCCGUUUCACUGGACCAGGAAGCAAGUACGCCUCCCUGCUUACCGAAAAGCUUCGCCCGGUGGUCGAAGGUGAGCGGCCAUCAUGGUAUGCAGACAUAUCCUGCUACCUGCAUGUCGCUCGCGCUCAAUGCCAUUCCCUGUUGAAUACUUUCCGAGAUCACGCGCAUGUUCCACCCUCGCGGCUACCGACAUUGGCUGUUGUUGUUCAAGGUGACCCCGAAGCCGGACCCAAUGCAUUCUCACUUGCCGAUGCUGAGAAAAUCGUGGGCGCUGACUUCGAACGCCUCAAGAAGAGCCUGACGCCUGCGCAAAGAAUCACUGCAACCCAAGUGUUGAACGACACCCGUACCACAGCUCAAUCUGCUGUUGAUGAGGCCCGUGGAAUCAAGGAACAACGCGAUAUGCGUGUCCCGGCAGCCGCUGCAGGUGCACUAGUCGCUCUUCGAGAUAUUCCCAAGCGACCUGGCCAUAUCAUCAAGGGCAUGAUGGACAGUGUGAAGAGAGAGGAAAAUGUCGAACUUCAACAACGAUCAGCAACUGCAGUUGCAAGCCUUAUUGAGCAUUACACAGCAGCUACGAAACGUGGACCUGUGGACAAAAUCAUUGGAAACCUUGUCAAAUACUGCUGCGUGGAUACCUCCGAGACCCCGGAGUUCCAGCACAAUGCUCAGCUGGAAAAGGCAAUCUUGUCUUUGCGCAAGGAGGAAGAUCGACGCGACCACCCCGAUGCUGCCAAGUUUGAGCGCGAGGCUAAAGAAGCUCGAAUUAUGCGACGCGGUGCUAAAGAGGCUUUGGAGCAACUGGCUGUUAAAUUUGGCCCUGAUCUCCUUGAGCAAGUGCCCAAUCUCGCGGCCCUGGUCGAACGCCCAUUGAACGAUGCGCUGGCAGGCGAUUUGCCUGAAGACAUUACUAAACCCGAAACGACCCUUGGCCAGGAGGUUGUAGAUGGUUUAUCUACUCUCCGUGCCCUCCUCCCCAAAUUCCACUCUGGUCUCUAUCCAUGGGUAAUUCGCCUCAUGCCUAUCAUCGCCAAGGCUUUACAAUGCCGUUUGUCUGUAAUUCGCUAUGCAGCGGCAAAGUGUUUUGCCACAUUAUGCAGUGUUAUCACUGUGGAAGCGAUGACAAUGUUGGUGGAAACGGCACUACCCACCAUUAACCACGCUCUAGAUGUUCAUCAUCGCCAGGGUGCUAUUGAAUGCAUCUACCACCUAAUUCAUGUGAUGGAAGAUAGGAUUCUUCCCUAUGUCAUCUUCCUGGUUGUUCCUGUCCUUGGCCGUAUGAGUGACUCCGACAAUGAAGUUCGAUUGUUGGCAACUACUUCAUUCGCCACUUUGGUCAAACUCGUACCACUAGAGGCUGGUAUUCCUGACCCGCCUGGCUUCUCCGAGGAGUUGCUCAAGGGACGUGAUCGAGAGAGAAAGUUCAUGUCCCAGAUGCUGGACGUACGUAAGGUGGAGGCAUUUGAGAUUCCAGUCGCGAUCAAGGCUGAGCUCCGACCGUACCAACAAGACGGUAUCAACUGGCUUGCCUUCCUUAAUCGAUACAACCUCCACGGCAUUCUCUGCGAUGACAUGGGUCUUGGAAAGACUCUCCAAACCAUUUGCAUCGUAGCUAGUGACCACCACAUGCGAGCGGAGGAGUUCUCUAAAAGCCAAGCUCCUGAUUCCCGCAAACUUCCCUCCUUGAUCGUUUGUCCGCCUUCUCUUUCUGGUCAUUGGCAACAGGAGGUUAAGCAGUACGCGCCAUUCCUCACCUGCAUUGCCUAUGUCGGUCCCCCGGCAGAGCGAUCAAGGCUCCAGGCUCAACUGGCAACCUCGGAUGUGGUUGUAACCUCUUAUGAUGUCUGUCGGAAUGACAAUGAAAUUCUCAACAAAAUUAACUGGAACUACUGCGUCCUUGACGAGGGUCAUCUUAUCAAGAACCCCAAGGCUAAGAUUACAAUCUCUGCUAAGAGACUAAUGAGCAACCAUCGUCUAAUUCUCUCUGGUACGCCAAUUCAGAAUAACGUGCUUGAGCUCUGGUCCCUCUUCGAUUUCUUGAUGCCUGGCUUCCUCGGUACGGAGAAGGUCUUCUUGGAUCGAUUUGCCAAGCCAAUCGCCGCAAGUCGCUUCAGCAAAUCCUCAUCAAAAGAGCAAGAAGCCGGUGCUUUGGCGAUUGAAGCCUUGCAUAAACAGGUCUUGCCGUUCCUCCUCCGUCGUCUGAAGGAAGAGGUCCUGAAUGAUCUUCCCCCCAAGAUCAUCCAGAACUACUACUGUGACCCCAGUGAACUUCAAAAGAAGCUCUUCGAGGACUUCUCAAAGAAAGAACAAAGGGAGCUGCAAGACAAGGUGGGCAGUACUGAUCGCGGUGACAAGGAACACAUUUUCCAAGCUUUGCAGUACAUGCGCCGCCUUUGCAAUUCACCUGCCCUGGUAGUUAAAGAUGGACAUAAACAGUACAAUGAGGUCCAGAGCUACUUGUCCGCUAAACGCUCCAAUAUCAGGGACGUAUCGCAUGCGCCGAAGCUCAGUGCACUACGUGACCUCCUUGUUGACUGUGGCAUUGGUCUUGAUACUCCCGCCGAAGGUGAGCUUGACACAGGUGCAAGCUACGUCAGCCCACAUCGCGCUCUUGUUUUCUGUCAGAUGAAGGAGAUGCUGGAUAUCGUGCAAAAUGAUGUCCUCAAAAAGUUGUUGCCAUCUGUUCAAUACCUCCGCUUGGACGGUGGUGUCGAAGCCACGAAGCGCCAAGAUAUCGUUAAUCGUUUCAAUACCGACCCUAGUUACGAUGUGUUGCUUUUGACUACCAGUGUUGGUGGUCUGGGUCUCAACCUUACUGGAGCAGACACUGUCAUUUUCGUCGAACAUGACUGGAACCCCCAAAAGGAUAUCCAGGCCAUGGAUCGCGCCCAUCGUAUCGGUCAAAAGAAGGUUGUGAACGUGUACCGCCUGAUCACAAGAGGCACUUUGGAGGAGAAGAUUUUGAACCUUCAACGUUUCAAGAUCGACGUCGCCUCUACAGUGGUCAAUCAACAAAACGCCGGCCUUGGUACAAUGGACACGGAUCAACUCCUAGAUCUGUUUAGUCUUGGCGAGACAGCCGAGGCCGAGAAACCAAGCGAGCCCACCGGUAAUGAAGUCGACAUGGUCGACAUCGACGGUGAAGUCAAGGAGAAGGGCAAGAAGGGCUGGCUGGAUGAUCUUGGCGAGCUCUGGGAUGAUCGCCAAUACCAAGAAGAAUACAAUUUGGAUUCAUUCCUGGCCACGAUGAAGAACUGA